AUGCCCAGCAAGGACCCCCCAGAUCCCCCUCAGCCCCCCCCUCCCGUCCUGUACGCUCCCCAUACUCCUUACAGGACGCCCCCGGGAUCCCCUCUUCCGCGCCGCCGACCACCUCACUGCGGCUGCGCAAAAGCCCUGGAGGCCCCGCCCACCGGAGCUGCUCAUUGGCUGCUCCUGCCCCCCCUGCUAUAUUCCGAUUGCAACGCGGGGACGCGGAUGCCUGUGGGAGGCCCGAGGGACCGCAGAUGCUACAGGGGUGGCCUGGACUUCCUCCCGCCCCGGCCCUCCCCUCAAACAGACCGCCAGGCCAACGCUCAGAAGCAGAUCGUGCGGCCCGGUCCACCGUCCCCCAAGGCCGACAUGGCCACCCGCGUGGUCCUGGUGUCCCCGCUCUUCCAGGCCACGGACCCCCCCGCCCCGCGGCCGGACCCCACCCGCACCAAACUGACCACGCUGGAGACCAAGAGGGUCAUGGCGGUGCUGGACGAGGCCGUCCAGAAGGUAGAGGUGGCCACCCUGCUGUCCUACGUGGCCGCCAACCUGGACGGCUUCAGGGGCCAGCUCGGGGAGGAGCUGAGCCAGGCGGUGAGGAUUCACGAGGAACUGGCGGGCCGCCUGGGGGGUGAGGACGAGUCCCCCCGAGCCCUCCCGAGCCCCCCGGACCCCCCGCGGCCUGGCCCCCGCUCGCUCCGCCAGGAGCUGAAAGGCUCCACCCGGGGCAUCCUGCGCCUCUUCAUGGCCCGGCCCGAGGGCACCGCCGCCCUGCGAGCCCAGGCCCACGGCCGCCACCCGGCCGCCCAGGCCCUCAUCGACCACCUGGCACAACUCCGGGGCUUCGUGUUCGAGAAGCUCCUCACCGGCCCCUCGGAGGAGAGGGAGAAGAGGGACUUCACGCGGGAGGUGGCCCGGCGGGCCAGGAGGAACUCGGCGGCCAUCCUGGCGCUCGAGGGAGAGCUGGACACCAUGGUUCAGACCCGGAACGCCGAGGUGGAGAAGGAAAACCUCGCCGACCUGCAGCUGAAGAGCCAACUGCAGCUCGUGCUCAAGUUCUCCCAGACCCACCUCCACCGCAGCCGGCAGGAUGCCGAGAAGCUGCAGAAGUCCGCGCUGCGGGCCUCUCAGGGACGCUGUGCCAAAAUCCAGCAGGACAUCCUGGUGCAGAGGACCCAGGCCAACACCCUGGUCUCGGAGAACCGCGAAAUCGAAGGGGCCCUCAGGAAGAAGAAAUAUAAACUAGAGACUGAAAUCGAGAAUUGGAUCCAGAAAUACGAUGGGGAAAUGGGAGAGAAACAGACGGAGCUGGAAGAACUCCAAGCCAUCUACGCCGAAGAGAAGGCCCAGCUGGCCGAACUGCAGGAGAAGCACGGGGUGCUGCGGCAGGAAUACGCCCAGAUCACGGAAGAGAGGCAGGUCACCUCCAAGAAGAAGCUGGAAGAGGAGAGGGAGCUGAUCAUCAUGGUGCGGGCCGCCACCCUCAUCCAGGCCUUCUGGAAGGGUUACCUGAUCAGGUCCCUGCUGAAGUCCAAGAGGAAGAAGAAGAAGGGCAAAGGGAAGAAGUAGGCCCUUCCUAAAGGACCCUGUCCCCCCACCAGUCCUCCUCCUCCUAACCGCCUGAUCCAAAGGGCCCCUCCACCCUCCUUUCCAGCCCCCCUCAACGCUUCCCGGACCCUUCCCGGACCCCAGAUGCUGGCAUGGCUACCCCCACCCCCAGUGUGACCUCAUUUCCUACCAACCAAACAUGUCCAGAGAACCACCUAGACCAGAAAUACAGGCUCCUCCUUUCCAACGCUCGCUGUGCUGUUUGGGGGAACCUUCUCCCCUGGAUGUGGCGGGAGCGGGGGCGUGCCAGCCGGAGCAUCUCCCCCAGACCCUUCGGCGAUCGUUCAUGCUAAUUCCCACGCUUCGUAAAAUGGGGUCUAACUAGGCGAUGGGUGGGGUCCUUUGACCGGGAAACCACAGUCCCUGGAGGGAAGGGGUGAAGCAGAGCAAGGAGCCA